UGCUGUGGCGCAAGAGGUUUAUUGGUGGAAGGGACGAAUCUACUUUCCACCAAAGUCAACUUCGCAGUCGAGAUUCUGUCCCUAAAUUUUCCUCGUUUCCCUAAUCAGGACUUCCCUGAGCCCGCGCCCUACUCGACCCUAUCCGCCUUCUAUUCGAUUAAACCUAGAUCUCCUGCUCGGGAUGAAUAGCCUGAUUCCAUUUAGAACCAACGCCUCUAAACCUGAGAACCCACAUGAACGUCUCAUACGGGAUCUGAUUCGCGAUAUCUCAAGUCAGCUCAAACCCGGCCGUGUCGAAUCGAACAAAAAGCUAGUGAAAAGUCUACUUCAAGCGGCGCUUAAUGGUGGACUGGUAGACGACAAGCAAUAUGUGCCCGAGAGAUUCAUCCAAAUCCUUGCAUCGCUUCCUGAGGACUCGAGGGCUAGAGAUAUUGGAUCAGGCAUUCUUUUGAAGAGUCUGUGGGAUAAUCUCCAACACCCCCCUCUGGGAUAUGUUGGUGAACCAUUCAAAUACCGUACCGCCGAUGGCUCCAACAACAAUGUAUUAUUCCCUCACAUUGGCAAAUCCGGCUCCUUCUAUGCUCGCAGCGUCACCCCCAGGCAUUUACCAACCGCGCUCCCUGACCCGAAUGUGCUAUUCGAUACUCUGCUUGCACGGCGAGGACCUCCGAAACCACACCCGAGCGGCAUCUCUGGGCUAUUAUUCGCUUUAGCUACCAUCAUUAUCCAUGAUUUGUUUCGGACCGAUGACAAGGAUCCAAACAUCGUCGCUGUCUCAUCGUAUCUGGAUUUAUCCCCGCUCUAUGGAACCAAUGAAGAAACGCAGUCCUUAGUAAGAACAUUUGUAGGCGGAAAAUUGAAAGCAGAUGCCUUCUCGGAAGUUCGCAUGCUUGGUCAACCACCAGAGUGCUCUGCCCUACUGAUAUCUUUCAAUCGUUUCCACAAUUUUAUGGUAGAGGAACUGUCUAUAAUUAACGAAGGCGGGAAAUUCAGUAUGCCUUCUGAUACGGUAUUGCCCGGGACACCAGAAUACGAACGAUUGAUGAAAAAGAGAGACAAUGACCUCUUCCAAACGGCACGCUUGGUGACAUGCAGCUUGUAUAUGCACAUCAUUGUCAACGACUAUUUCCGCACGAUAAUAAAUAUUCACCGGACAGAUUCCAAAUGGAGUUUGAAUCCAAGUAAGGACUAUGAAGAGAUAUUUGGUCACGAUGGGAUCGAGAAGGGUAUUGGUAAUCAAGUCAGUGUUGAGUUCAACCUCAUAUACCGGUGGCACUCUGCAAUAUCGGCGAAGAACGAGAAAUGGCUCAAUGGCUUUUUCAGUCAGUUGUUUCCUGGAAAGAAGCCCAAGGACCUUACCCAAGCGGAGUUCAAGGCGGGAAUGGGUGCGUGGGCGAGACAGCUGCCCAAGGAUCCCGGUCAACGGACGUUUGGCGGCCUCCAGAGGAAUGCCGAUGGCCACUUUCAAGACGCAGACCUCGUGAGACUUUUGACUAAUGCAACAGAGGAUAUUGCUGCUGCGUUCGGGCCGUGUCACGUCCCAGUAGCUUUAAAGGCUGUCGAGAUUUUGAGCAUACAUCAAAGUAGAGGAUGGGGCGUUGCCACUUUGAAUGAACUCAGAAUGCAAUUCGGGAUGAUACCACAUAAAAGGUUUCUUGACAUCAAUUCCGAUCCUGCUAUUGCAAGCGCCCUGCAGUCGCUUUACGGCGACGUUGAUAAUGUUGAAUUAUACCCAGGUGUAGUAGUCGAAGAGGCUAAAGUGCCCAUGCUACCAGGUUCUGGCCUAUGUGCCGGCUUCACAACGACAAGAGCUAUUUUGUCAGAUGCCGUGACAUUAGUUCGAGGAGAUCGUUUCUAUACCAUUGAUUACAACCCAGUGACAUUGACAGCCUUCGGAAUCAACGAGACUGCUAGUGAUCCAUCGGUCGCUGGUGGCGGAGUCCUUUACAGACUCUUGAUGCGUUCAUUCCCAAGAUGGUAUCGUGCCAACUCUAUAUACGCCUUCUUUCCUUUCACAAUUCCUUCCGAGAUGAGAGCAAUCAAGGAGAAUCUCGGCCAGGCUGCAGCAUAUGAUUGGACCCGACCAACCCUAAAUGACAAAGCUGUUAUAGUCAAUACUUGGAAGGCAGCGACAGACGUUCUCCUCAACCCUCAUAUUUUCAAGGUACCCUGGGGUAGAGCGCUCACACGGCUGAGUUCAUACGGAGUGAUGCUGGGCAGUGAUGGAACGGAAAGCUCUCAACAGCGGGAUUUCAUUACUCAUGCUAUAUUCGAACCACCAACAACCUUGAAAGAGAUACGCUUUUUGUUUGAGAGGGUAACUAUUGAUUUAUUAGAGGCCCAUACUCUAUCUCUUAGCGGUUCAUGGGAGAUAGAUGUCGUACGAGAUGUCGCAACUCUGAGCUGGAGUCGGUUUGCCGCACAAUUUCUGGAUAUUCCAAUCAAGAAUGAGUUACAUACCGACACGACAUUGGAUGAUCGACAACUGUACGAACUACUUCAGACCCUGUUUCAAUACGUCUUUCUCGAUACUGAAGAUGUCUCUUCUUUUGCGCUUCACAAGGCAGCAGCAAAUGCAUUUGAAACAUUGCAAUCAAUCAUCAAGCCUGUACUCGAACAAAGCAUAGGGUCGAAGAAGGCCGAUCUCAGGGAUAUAUUCCACUGUGUUCCGGCAACUAGGAGCAGUGACAAUCUUCUGCCUAGUCAAGGAGCUCAGUUGCUACAAAGGCUGAAAAGAAGUGGUAAAAGCGCUGACGAAAUAACCUGGUGGAUUGUUACGCUUGCAUUUGGCAUGACUCCACCAGGAUCGCUGGCUCUGUCUCGAGUCACUGACCUGUUCCUCCAAGGACCCUAUGCUCACCACUGGGAUGCUAUCCAAAUUAUUGCGAGGGACUCGUCAGAUGCCGCUUUUGAACAGAUCCGUAGGUAUACUCUUGAGGCUUUGCGCCUGACCACACCGGUAGGAGGUGUUUUGCGCGUGGCAGCUGCGGGACACACCUUUGCGGACGGUGCCGAGACGCACCAGAUCCAGGCGAACGAUCUAGUGGUUGUCAACGUAGCAAGUGCAUCGAGAGAUCCUCAGCACUUCGAGAAGCCGGAUGAAAUUCUUUUGAAUAGACCCGAAUCUGCCUACAUGCAUCUUGGAUACGGAACACAUACCUGUCUGGGUCAAUCUAUUGUUCCGGUGGCCGUCGCUUCACAACUCAAAGUGCUCGCACAAUUACGAAACUUGAGGAGGGCACCAGGACUGCAAGGCAAGCUGACGUUAAGAAUGGUUGAUGGGUUGACACUGUUCUUGACAGAUAAAAGGGACCGCUGGAGUCCAUUUCCUGAGAGCAUGAAGCUACACUUUGAUUCUAGCAAUAAUCAUCGGGCCCGUCGACGAGGACUCUCAUUCUACUAAGAAUGCGUGUUCGUGGUCGAUAGAAUAACCAACCGACUCCUGUAACUGAUCCAUCGUGUUCUGCUGGUGUCUGGAAAAGGUUUGGUGGGCAACUCUAAUGGUUAUAUUCUCUUCCAGAGCACAUGAGACUUGCUUGGUUCUACAGCAAGCCUACCUUUAUAACAAUAUACCUAUAGGAAGCCAAUGCAACUAAGGGUCUUCGCCCUGCAAAUAUCGCGCGAGAACCAUGCA